GGACCACACCUGCAAAUCAGUCUAAGUAACUUAGCGCUCCAGGUUAUCAUAAAAGGCACACAGUUUGUCGCUAGUCUCGCCUCUCCUUUCCAAGCAUCACUCAAUUCUUACAACCCGCGACCUCCUAAUCUGUCUCGAGAAUACAAUUUGUCAGCAAUAGCCACGGUUUAAUCCAAAUAUACUAAAAUCUUGAGCAACAAACAUUGCGCGUCAAAUGGAGACACAACUUUUAGGCAAUAUGAGGCGGAACAACUCCACGCCGUCGACAUAGCAGCACUUCUAGAGGAGACAGAGGCUACAAAAGUAUCCCUUCAAAUUGCUAACAAUGCAUCUCACACGCUGAAGUCGACUGUACGAACGAAAAUCCUUCUUACUCUUCAAUCCCUUGCCAAGACACGGAUUAACGAUGAACUUCACACUCUCAAAUCGGAGAACGAGGUCAAAUCGGGAAAUUUUCCCUCAUUGACGGUGAAGACGUCCAAUUCGAGUCAAAAACUUUUGAACGAGAAAAUGAAAGGUCUGAUUGGAUGUUUAGAGGCUGAUGACAUGGACAAAAUGAUGACUGCACUAAGUGAAGCUCGUGCUGAUGAAGUGCUUCAGAAUGAUACGGAGAGUACUGUGCAAACUCUAGUACUUUCCCAAGAGGCAGAAGGGCCGACUUUACGAAUGCAAGUUCUGGAUGCUCUUCAAUCCCUCGCUCAGAUCCAUAUCAUGCAUGAAAUGAUGGUUCUCAAACUGCAAACUGAGGUUGGAGUAGGAAAUUCUCGAACAUUGACACUGGAAACUUUUAAGACGAACCAGAACAAUAUGAACGAAAGAAUUAGCUUUUUGAUUGGGAGUUUGGAGGCUGAUGAUAUGGACAAAAUGAGAACUGCUUUGGAAGAAGCGGAUGCAGUACGCACGGCCGUUAAUGAGAAUAUAACCAAGACUGCGACUCUUUUACAAGAGAGCUUGAUUGAGACCGACAAUGACAAAGCUAAAGAAGUCCCUAAGAUUGAGACAGACAGUGGAAUUGAAGUCGAACCGGCAUCUCAGAUAAAGGAAGAAUGAGUUCAAAUAGAUCAUCAUCAAAUAAUGAAUCUUUCGGCGGUGCCUGCGGCGAAGUCAGGAGUUUCUCGCAGAGCUUUCUGCUAUUUGCGCUCAUUCCUUCUUUAUGUUUACUUAUAGAGCUACCUCGCUCUUUAAGCUGGUCUUUAUAACGCGGAUAUUUGUAUGGUGCACUCUUCAAUUCGCGCGGUUGUUGGUCGCUCGGUGUUCGGGAUAGAAAAGAUUCUGUAUUGCUGCCAGUGUCCGAGCGCGUGCGUCAGCAAGAUAACGACCUCUUCCUUGGUAGUACUUCACGAGUAAUAGCUCGGAAUCAAUCCAUGAC